CUCUACUCAGUCGGGAUGUCUUCUUACGAUAUAAAUACGUUGGAUUCGGCUUUUCGGUCGACGGUAUCUCUCUCCCUCUCCACUCGUCUCGACAAAGUAGAAACCCCCCAAAACCCUAACCCUAAUCCUGUUCUUUUAGAGAAUCGAAUUAAUCUCAAAAUGAGUAGGCCAAUGGAUGAGGAUGCCACUGCUGGGAAGAAUGAGGAAGAGGAAUUCAACACUGGGCCACUCUCUGUUCUGAUGAUGAGUGUUAAAAACAACACACAGGUGCUAAUUAACUGCCGAAACAACAAGAAGCUUCUAGGUCGGGUGAGGGCCUUUGAUCGGCACUGCAACAUGGUUCUUGAAAAUGUCAGGGAGAUGUGGACUGAGGUACCAAAGACUGGUAAGGGCAAGAAGAAAGCACAUCCUGUCAACAAAGAUAGGUUUAUCAGCAAGAUGUUUCUUCGGGGAGACUCAGUUAUUAUCGUCCUUAGGAACCCUAAGUGAGAGUUGCAGGAUAUCUUAUGAUCAUCUGAAGUUGAACAACUUAUUAUGAUGUGAAUCCAGUUCAUUGCGCUUUAACUUUGCUGAGGUGUACUUAACAAAAACCAGACGCCAUCCGUUUUUUGUAGGACUAAUUGUUGCUUGCUUAAACCAUUCCUAAUACUGUUAA